CUUGAAAAUGCUGCAACAUCGAUUUUGCAACCCCCUCUCUUGUCCAAGGCCAUCGCAAUAAUCAAACUAUGUUUCUGCAAUUCCCGUCGCAAUGACACGUUAUCACAACGUUGCUUCUCUGUACCUUGGGUUUCAAAAGCAAUCAUCCGAGCCAUUCCUCCGCUUCCAGCACAAGAUCAGGUCACGAUACCAUGAAAUUUUAUCUACUCGUAUUGCUCAAGUGCCUUUGGUGAGCAGAUUGGCUUGCUAUCCAAGUAACGUCGAAAAUUUCACCAGGAUAGUCACAAAUCUUGCUGCAACUCAGCAUAUUUUUGAGCUUCGAUUUACGAGCCCCUUUAUACAUCCAAAUCCAGCAAAGGAUGAUUAUGUACCAGCAAUCCAAGAACGAAAGAGAGCUGUGAAAUACAGUCUUCAAUCGGAUGGUUACAACUUAGUACGGAGAGAUCUGAUGAGACAACUUGGGGAUGUGACAGUGCUUCGCACUGUGCAUAAUAGAUUGAUCAAAGGUCACCCACCGCUGCCGCUGUUCCACGCCCUACGUUACGACUCUCAAGCCAAAAUAGCCGCCAAAUCACAGAUGACAAUAGUCAAAAGACUGAAUAGAGAGCAGGCGUUCAAGGAAUUCGACAAAAUCAGGAAGAUCGAUGCCACGAAAGAAUUUGGCGUUCUAGUUGCGGACAGCUUCAUAUUGAUCUAUAACCAAACUCAAGAGGAGCAUGAUGCGAAGAUCUUUCCAACAAAGAUUCGCAUACCAUUUCUAGGGAGCAAAUAGCAGCGUUCAUGGCCUUGAAUGCUCCUAGUUCGCUAUCUCAUACCGCUUGCCACUUUACCAUCCUCCCUUCGCCUCGGAAUAUUAUCACUCUCAACUCAACUUUGGUGCUCAGGUUUCCACAUAUCGAAUUGCUACUAUUACAAUCUUCC